UUUUUUUUAAGAACAAUGACCGUCAAAUACAGCUGGAUGCUGCGCUUUGUGUGUGGCUUUAUUUUUUUCUUUCGGAUGACGGCAGGAGAGCUGAGUUAUUCUUUCCCGGAGGAGAUGAGGCCUGGAUCCAUUGUUGGAAAUUUAGCCAAGGAUCUCGGAUUGGAAAAAGGAAAAUUACCAGAUCGAAGAGCUCGUAUUGACGCAGAAGGAAAAUACAAGCAAUAUUGUGACAUUGAUCUGAAAACAGGAGAUUUGGUGGUCAGCAAGAGGAUUGACCGAGAGGAGCUGUGUGGAGAGAAGGUAUCGUGUGCGCUUAAAUUCGAAUUAGUCCUUGAAAGCCCUCUAGAGCUGCAUCGUAUUUCACUUCUUAUUCAGGAUAUAAAUGAUAAUUCACCCGUUUUUCCAAAAGAUACAGUGAAAUUAGAAAUCGGGGAAUCAGCGGACAAAGGAGCUCGUUAUCGUCUCAGUGACGCGCAUGAUGCAGACAUUGGACAAAAUACAGUGAAAUUGUACAGCUUACAAAAAAAUGAUCAUUUUAUUUUAUCAGUUCGUGAUGACGUUGACGGGUCUAAAAACGUGGAGUUGGUGUUGGAUAAAGAGCUGGACCGUGAACAAGAACAUUAUUUAAAUUUAGUUCUCUUUGCAGUUGAUGGUGGAAAUCCAGAAAAAUCUGGAACUGCCACGAUCCACGUAACUGUGCUGGACGCUAAUGAUAACGCCCCAGUGUUUGAACAGGCUGUAUACAAAAGCAGCCUACCUGAAAACUCCGCCCUCGAUACUGUCGUCAUCACCGUGAGUGCAACUGAUGCAGACGAGGGAGUUAAUGGAGAAGUGACGUAUGAAUUUAGUCGAAUAUCAGAACGGGCUAAAAAAGUAUUUAAUUUGAACAGCAAAACUGGAGAAAUAAAAGUCACAGGAGAAAUAGAUUAUGAGAGUGAAUCCGAAUAUGAAAUGCGUGUUGAUGCAAAAGAUGGAGCUGGUCUUUCAUCUCAUUCAAAAGUGAUUAUUGAUGUUACUGAUGUGAAUGAUAAUGCUCCUGUUAUAUUUACGAAAUCACUGAUGAACCACUUACCAGAGAAUGUGUCACCUGGUACAGAGGUGGGAAUCAUUAAUGUUCAGGAUUUAGACAUUGAGCAUAACGCACGGGUCCGCUGCUCCAUUCAGCAUAAUGUUCCCUUUAAAUUGGUUCCUUCUAUUAAAAACUAUUAUUCUCUGGUGACAACAGGACAUUUGGACCGUGAAUUAGUGUCUGAUUACAACAUCACAAUCACAGCUACUGAUGAGGGCUCUCCACCUCUGUCCUCCUCUAAAACUGUUCAGUUAUCUGUAGCUGAUAUCAACGACAACCCACCUGUGUUUUUGGAACAGUCCUACAGCACCCACGUGACUGAAAACAACAAACCUGGCUCCACUUUAUGUUCUGUUUCUGCUCGAGACCCUGACUGGAGACAAAACGGGACAGUGAUUUAUUCUCUUUUACCUGGUGAGGUGAAUGGAGCCCCGAUGUCCUCUUAUCUGUCUGUUAACGGAGACACGGGGGUGAUCCACGCUGUCAGGUCCUUUGAUUAUGAACAGUUCAGGAGUUUGAAAGUCCACGUGAUGGCCAGAGACAACGGUUCUCCUCCACUCAGCAGCAACGUGACCGUCAGUGUCUUCAUCACGGAUGUGAACGACAACUCUCCUCAGAUACUGUACCCCGCCCCGGAGGGCAACUCCUUCAUGACCGAGCUGGUCCCCAAAUAUGCGCAAGGAGGCUCUCUGGUGUCCAAAGUGAUCGCAGUUGACGCAGACUCUGGACAGAAUGCCUGGUUGUCCUAUCAUAUAGUCAAAUCCACUGAUCCGGGACUUUUCACGAUUGAUGUCCCCAGUGGAGAGAUCAGGACACAGCGGGACAUUUCUGAAUCUGACAGCAUGAAACAGAACCUUAUUGUAGCAGUUAAAGAUAACGGACAGCCUUCUCUGUCUGCCACCUGUUCCAUGUAUUUACUAAUUUCUGACAACUUGGCUGAGAUACCAGAGAUGAAGGACGUGUCUUCUAACUUGGACAAUUCCAAACUGACAUCUUAUCUCAUCUUCGCACUGGCAUCUGUGUCCACAUUUUUCCUGACCUUCAUUAUCAUCUCCCUUGGUGUAAAAUUUUGUCACAGAAGAAAACCCAGAAUGUUGUUUGAUGGAGCAGUUGCCAUCCCCAGUGGUUAUCCUCCUCCUCAUUACGCAGAUGUUGAUGGAACAGGAACUUUACGCAGCAUAAAUUAUGACACCUACCUGACAACAGGUUCAAGAACCAGUGACUUUAAGUUUGUGUCAUCUUACAAUGACAACACUCUGCCUGCAGACCAGACUCUGAAGAAACGUCCACCAGAAUUUUCUGAGGAAUCUGAACAGUCUGAUGAUUCACCAGAGAUGACAGCAGCAGAGCUGAGAUAUUCUUUUCCGGAGGAGAUGAAGCCUGGAUCUAUUGUUGGAAAUAUAGCCAAGGAUCUCGGACUGGAUAAAGGAAAAUUACCAGAUCGAAGAGCUCGUAUUGAUGCAGAAGGAAAAUACAAGCAAUAUUGUGAUAUUGGUCCCACAACGGGAGAUUUGGUGGUCAGCAAGAGGAUUGACCGAGAGGAGCUGUGUGGAGAGAAGAUCACAAGCUGA